CAGUUAAUGGUGUUAGGCCAGUCUUAAAACGAGGAUGACUGAAUAACUGUUGAUUCUUUUUCAAAGUUGCUAUUUUAUAAUUUAGGCACUUUGCUUCUAUGAUUGAGAUUUCUAAUCAAAAAAUGUAUUUUUUUUUUUUUUUUUUUGGCUUUUUAUUACUAUGUUGAAAUCAAAUUAUGGGCAUGUAAUUUUGCCGCGUUUUGUAGUCUAACACAUUUUGUAUAUUCUACCUCAAAUGAGUGAUUUUCCAAGUAAUGCAUUGGUUAAAUAUAACGUUGGCAUUCCUUGUUCAGCAAGCGUAAAGGCUAUUUGUCCUUACGGUCUCUUCAUUAUUCAGAGACUAAUCAUCCAGGUUAGAUUGACCGGUUCACUGCUCACUAGCAACUUCUUGGAAAGGUUUGAGAAGGGGGAAUGUGAAACAAGUCCAUUUCGUGACUGUUCGGCACACCUUGUAUGUGUGCCUGCUGUCGACGGAAUGACGAGUCUGAACAAAUUUUUAUAAUACUCUUGCUGUGAAGGAGCUUGCUAUCAAAUUACAGAAAUCCCUUAACAUUCAGGUUUUAAAACUGACACAUUUUCAUAGGACCUCAGGCACAGACUAUCGAGGAUGGGCCAAGAGUGUGAGUAGAAGUGGGGAAGGGAAAAGGGAAAAGAACAGGACUCUGUCCUCCGCAGUAUGACUGUGUGCAAUGAAGCGGAGAUACUUGAUGUGGGCUGUAAAACUCAUCAAUAAGUAAGUGUUGCAAAAUAAUUUAUAACAGGUCAUUGAUAGUGUGUAACGAAUGGACCAUGAAUAAUUGAUUGUCUAGAAACAAACUGCUUUUGUUGGCUAAGCUUUUAAUGUUUUAGUGUGAAGCAUAAGCAGCGCACUUUCUACCUUAUUUUUCUACCAAAUAAAUAACAUGAGUGACGGGAAAAUGGUGAAGAUGCCUUUGCCACGUAUGGACAGUGUGACAGUCGCGGUGCGCGUGCGGCCUUUCAGUCAGAGAGAGAAGAAUUCUGGGAGCAAAUGUGUGAUUUCCAUGCAUUCCAGAACCACCACAACCAUACAAGACCCUAAGAAUCCAGAACAUAGGAAGACGUUUACUUUUGACCUGGCCUAUUGGUCUCACGAUGGAUUUCAAAAGGAUAAAGAUGGUGUGUUUAUUUCAAUUGAUCCUAGCAGUAAAUUUGCAAGCCAGAAAGAUGUUUUCCAUGAUCUUGGCAGGGGAAUUCUGGACAGCGCUUGGCAAGGCUAUAAUGCCACCCUCCUAGCCUAUGGCCAAACUGGCUCUGGAAAGAGCUAUUCCAUGGUUGGGCUUGGCGCAAACAAGGGUAUCAUUCCAAAUGUAUGUGAAGAGCUCUUUCAAGCAAUUGAGGAGCGGGAGAGAAAUCAGGAAUACCAGGUUACAUUCAGUAUGCUGGAAAUUUACAACGAGCAGAUACGAGACCUGCUGUCUAGAACCAAGCAACCCGGAGGACUAAAAGUAAGGGAGGAUCAACACCUGGGCUUUUAUGUGGACGGCCUGAAGUCAGUGCCCUGUGGGAACUACGCGCAGAUUGAAAGGCUGAUGGAGCAAGGGACAAAAAUAAGGACCACGGCCUCGACCAACAUGAACGCCAGCAGCAGCCGGUCUCAUAUGGUUAUCACCAUUCAGUUCAGGCAGGUUUUCCUGGACAGAGACCUCACCAAGCAAUCCACGAUUAAUUUGGUGGAUUUAGCAGGAAGUGAAAGGCAGAAAUCUUCAGGAUCUGAAGGAGACAGACUGAGGGAAGGAUCACAAGUUAACUUAAGUUUAACCAAUUUAGGAAAUGUUAUCAGUGCUCUGGCUGAUGCAGCCACGGGGAAGAAAGUCUUGCACAUUCCCUACAGAGAUUCUGUCCUGACCAAACUUCUCCAGCCAGCUCUGGGCGGGAACAGCAGAACCACUUUGAUAGCGGCCAUAAGUCCCGCUGACAUCUGCUACGAGGAAACUUUAUCCACGUUAAGAUACGCCGAAAGGGCUAAAAAGAUCCGGAACAGAGCCGUGGUCAACACCUCGACGCUGAUGAGAGAGUCAAAGGCAGAGAACGACAGAGCACUGCUCGUACGCGGGAAUUCCGGAAUGGCAGAGCAGCCGGCCCGCCCGCUGGCAGAAGCCGGGCCCUGGGCGCGCCAGCUGGAGCAGGCUCGGGAAGAGUGGCGACAGCACCACGUGGCCGUGGCCAAGGAGCAGUGGAUAAUGAAGACCCUCCCUCACCUUCUCAACGUCAACGAGGACCCGCAGCUCACGGGGGUCCUCAAGUAUUUCAUUCAGGCUGGCUCAUGUGAUGCCGGUCGGGCCGCUUCAAAUGCCAUCCGCCUUCAAGGUUUGGGAAUUUCAGAUAAACACGCUUCCUUCACAAAUUCGGAUGGGAAGGUGACGGUCACGCCACACAGCAAAUGCAAAGUUGUCGUUAACGGGGUGCCCAUCGUGACCAAGACAAAGCUGCAGCAUUUGGACCGCAUUAUCCUGGGAUCUAACAGUGCCUACCUCUACAUUGGGUUUCCGUCAGACCGAGGCAGUGAAGACCUGACCAGGUUCGACUAUGACUUCUUCCAGCUGGAGAGAGCAGCUGCGGAGGGAGUGAGUGUGGACAAGCUGGGGGCUGCGAGCCACGGCGAUGGGAAAGCGGACCCCGGCAUGCUGGCAGUGUUCCAGGACUACGUCAGACUGAUGCCCCUGGUGGCAGAAGCCAAUCAAAUGGGCGAAGAGCUGAAGAAGGGACUCAGAAUGGAACUGAAGGUGAAGAAUUUAGCGGCUUCAGACUCCAGGGGCCACGAGCUACAGAAGGAGGUCAUGGUGAAGGUGACCAACCAAAGGACCCGCGAGGUGUGGAUUUGGUCAAAAGCCAAGUUUAUCAACAGGAAAUUUCUCAUGGAGGAACUUUACCAGCGCUUUCUGGAUGGAGAAGACAGCCACGUGGCUCAGGAAGAUGACCCCUUCUGGGAUCCUGUCGAGGUUGUCCACUUGGGCUCAGCCCACAUCUGGCUCCAGUCGCUGGCCUACUCCAUGAAGCUGGAGGACCAGGUGGAGUUCAUGAACUGCGAGGGGGAGGAAGAGGCCGUGGUGCACAUCUGCGUGACUCCCUGCUCCCCGGCGGGACGAGCGUGCGGUGAGGAGGACGUGGUUAUCGACCCGUCGGAGCUGCUGGGCAAGAGGAUGGACUUCCAGGUUGGCCUCGUGCGGUGCCUUGGGGUCAAGUGGCUGAAGGAGGACGCAGGGCGAGGCAUUCAGAUGGGGUACAGAAUUUAUGACCUUUCAAGCACUUUAUAUACCAAGCCUGUAUGGAAAAUGGUGAAUCCCCAAAUAGAAGAAACUGUCCAAUUUACGGCCUUAAAUGCAUCUCAGGAGUUUCUGAAUUAUUUACAAACAGACGCUCUCAUUGUUGAUUUAUGGGGUCUUCAAGAAGGCUGCACCCAGCUGGACUGCUCUCAGUCGGACCUCAUGGUCACAAGUGAAGGCCACGUCAUGGUGGACACCAAGAAAAUGUCCACUCUGAUGGAUCCAGGCCAGGUUCAGAUAUCGGAACUCUACAUGAAGCUGCUCAAGUUAGAGCAGGAGACAGAGCUGCUCAGAGACACCAACAGAGCCCUGAGAGAAGAAAACGUGUUUCUCAAACAAUCACUUGAGAAGGUCGGUUCUACUCAACAAGGUGAGAGGCUACCACAUAAGCCUUCCAACACCCUGAAGCUAACUUGGACGGCAGCACACCCUCCAGCAGCCAGAGAGAUGAACCAAAUGUACACUCGGCCAGCCAGCUCCGACAGAGAAUUUGCCAAAGCCCUUAAACUGUUCUACCACAGCAUGAACCAGGCAAGAGGGCAGCUUCUCCGACUGAGACAAGAGAAACCUCCUGAGGAAGAUGAAAUACUUCGACCGUUCGUACAGCAACAGGCACAGAAGUUAAAGGACUUUGGAGACGUGCUGGAGUCCAGCUUGCGGAGGCUGAAAAACGAUGUCGCCGUCAUCGUGAAAAAGAAGAGAGAAUGGCUAAUACCUCGUGGACUGAGCCCCGGCGUUCUUCGCCAGUUUGCAGAAAUAAUUGCAGAAGGAACAGGUUUUCUGCAAAAGGGUGGCUGGAGGAGCCUCAAGGUUUAA